AUGCAGUCCGACUGUGUUCGCAAAGUUUGUGUUAGUUUCCUAGCUAUACUGGUCGUCACUCAGACAGCUGCUCAUCUUGAUCGGCUUCUUUCUCAGGAAGUUCUUGACUACAUUGGCUACUAUGACAAUCUGGUGCUUCCUGUUCACUUGCAUGCGCGCCUUGUAAACUUGCACGUAACAAGAUCAGCUCAGCGUCUGUCGCAGCACGAGAUCGCUGCCACUGAGGGGCAAACAAACCGCAGAUAUCGUGAGGCGCAGUACUUACUCUUUCACUGGACCAGUUGGCUAGAUAGUCUAAAUAGGGAGCAGUGCCGCUUACUGUUGGCCUACAAGUCUGCCGCUGAGGCAAUUCGUUCCAAUUUGACUCGCCGCAGCAGCAUCGGUCUUUUUGCUACCAACGAUCCUAUUUCAGGUCCUAGUGACUCUAUUUCUAGCAGUUAUCAAGACCGUCCUGAUCAUAGUGAGACAGUUCGGCCUACGCUCACUUCCUACUCUCCUCUGAAGGCUACGGCGGUCUCUCGUCUCAUGCUGCAAAUGAUGGAGCCACCGCCGAAAGUAACCCAAGAUGCGACCAUAUUUUCGCCAUCUGGACCUGGCGAUAGGACAUCCGGCUCUAUAACUCUUCCUCAUGAGGCAUUUGUGCCCCGCCAUUGUCGAGCUAGUCCAGCACAGCGUAACCGAGAACUGGCCAAACUUCGCCGACUCAAUCCACCUACUUGUCCAAUAGACGUUAUCACGCCACGUCUCUUUAAGGAGUAA